UUGACCUUCAAUUCAACACUAAAAAUACAGCUCUUUAAAGUAUGACUACCUAUAAAUAGAUAAAAACUACUCAGGUAUGAGAUCUACUGCGCAUGCCCCAGGUAAACCCUAUAUGUUCAAUACAUACAAUCGAUGACUUUCAAUUCAGCUCGCCAAGUGAGCACACGUGUUUUGUGUUCGAAUGGCCAAUGCCCAACUUCUUUCGCCGGGUCCGGGACAGGCAACACCGGCACGUCUUGAUAGAAAUGAACAGGAAAGCUCACCCGCAGAGGCGGAGGAGAGUGAUAACAGUAAGGUAGAUGAGUCAGAGGACUCUCAAAAUGAACAUGUCUCGGUAGCAGACAAAACAGAGGACGAUUAUCGACGGCAGUGGUCGUCAGAGCAAAUUCGGAAAAAGAAGAGUAAGUCUGGCGAGGUUUCUAACAGAACACUUUCGCGACCAAAGAAACGUAAAAAGAGCAGGUCCUCUAAUGAUUCUAGCUCCAGCUCGUCUAGUUCAAGUUCCUCUAGCUCCUCCUCAAGCUCCUCUAGCUCUAGUUCUGAAUCAGAUUCUGAUUCGGGUUUGGUUUUGAGUUCUAAUGAAAGCUCUAUAUCUAAACCAAAAAUCUCGAAAAAGAUACUUAAUUUUGUAAGCAAGUAUGCAACAAAAGGCUUAAAUAAAAAGAAAAGGCAAAAUGUUGCGAAAUUUUGUCCAAUACCUCAUUCGAAAAAGCUUCAGGGUUUAUCUUUAGACAGGUUUUUCAAGAAAAUUUAUUUCAAAGGGAAAAAAUGGAACGGUAAAUUAGAAAAAAAUAAAGUUAACACGCAAAUGAGAAUUCUUGAUGCUUUAGGGCCACUUUCUGUUUUAUGGAGCGAGGCAGAGAGAAUUAGCAAAACAGGCAAGGGUAUGGACCCUUCGGAUGUUAUUCAGUUUGUUCAGAGAGCAAUCAUGUUUGUAGGGAAUGCUCAUUUUCUUUACAAUACUGAUAGACGUAAAGCGGUCUUAGCUAAAACAAUGCCAGAGUCAGUAGAUAUUAUUUCGGAUAAGAGGUACAAAAAAUCACUGGGUAAAUGCAAAAGUGAUUUAUUUGGGAAACGUUUUCUCAAACAGCUAGCUAAAGAUAACAAAGAUAACAGAGAAUUAAAACAGCUUUUGUCUAACGGUAAUGAGAAAAAGGUUUGGUCACAGACAAGACAAUUUUCUGAUAGAAACCGCCAGUUUUUUCUUCAGAGACCCUCAUCAAGCCUCCAGUAUGGGGGUCGCAGACAGACAGACAGGAGGCAGUUCAAUCAGAAUCAGAGAUACACUCAGUACCCCCAGUACAGGGGACAGGGGGCGAAUCAGAAAUAUACAGCGCCUCCCAAGAAACCAAACACUCAAUGAAUCAGGAGGAUAACUCUGUGCCUUAAACGGAACGAAGCCAGUCCGCCUUGAGAGCUCUGAUUUACUGUAUGGUGGUUUACACUUGAACUGUACCUAAAGAAGAAGAGACUUUUUUGCUCUAAAUCCAGAUCUUGACGAAUAGUUUUGUGCUAUAGAAUAAUCUUGUUGUGUAUUACUUUAAAUUGUUAUUUAAAAAAAAAAAAAAUUAUUUUAAAGUCUUCUUUGUUUGGCUCGCAUUGAAAGUCAUCGAUUGUAUGUAUUGAACAUAUAGGGUUUACCUGGGGCAUGCGCAGUAGAUCUCAUACCUGAGUAAUUUUUAUCUAUUUAUAGGUAGUCAUACUUUAAAGAGCUGUAUUUUUAGUGUUGAAUUGAAGGUCAAUGCAUUAUUAUAUCUCACUUCAAUAUUAUCAUAUAAUUUAUAUUUCAUUUCGGGCGCUUCGCGCCCUCAUAAAAUCUUCA